AUGGCCGAAAGGAGAGCUGUGAUUAAAAACGCGGAUAUGUCCGAAGAAAUGCAACAAGAUGCAGUUGACUGCGCAAACCAAGCCAUGGAAAGGUUCAAUAUAGAAAAAGACAUCGCCGCCUACAUUAAGAAGGAGUUUGAUAAAAAAUACAACCCUACAUGGCAUUGCAUUGUGGGCAGAAACUUUGGCAGUUACGUGACCCACGAGACAAGACACUUUAUAUAUUUCUACUUAGGACAAGUAGCGAUAUUACUUUUUAAAUCAGGAUAA